AUGUCAGGCCUCGAAGUCGCCGGCCUUGCGGUCGGCGUGGUCCUCCCGAUCGUUGUGGAAGCUAUCAAGGCGUACUCAUCGACACGCAAAAAGAUCAAGACGUACCGCGGGUACUCGAAAGAGCUGCAUCGGCUCUACCGACGACUUGACGUCCAGCGGCAAAACUUCCUCAAUGAGUGCCAGCUUAUCCUUCGCGAGGUGGUCGACGACCCAGAGGACAUGGUCGACAAUGUCAACCAUUAUGCGUGGCGCGAUCGUCAGCUUGACCAAAGGUUAGAAGAAAGACUUCUAAAGAACUGCGAGAGUUGUGUAUGGGUCGUCGAGAACAUUCAAGAGCGGUUGGCAUCCAUCGACGAAGAGCUGGGAUGUUUUGAUGUUCUGCGUGCAGAGAAACUUCAGAACGAGAGAAUGAAAACCACCAUUAGUCGAGUGCGCAAGCAGGUUCGCAUUGCCUUCCGUAAGGCUGAACUCGAAAACCAGCUUCAAGCUCUCAAGGACUUGAAUGCAGACCUCAUGCAAAUCCGCUCCUACCUCAGCGAAUUCAAGGCACAACAAAGGGAGGCUUUAGGCACUGUAAUGGUGCAGAGACAAGUCCCAAGACAGUACACCGGCAUACAAGACGCUGCCCGCACGUUACACGAGGCCCUAAUGAGGUACUGGCAUUGCGAAACGCUGCAGCCUACGCAACAGACUCUUCCGAUAAGCGAGGCUGCCGGCUCAAAGCUCACGAACCUUGGUUUAGAGAACGACAUCUGCCGGCACCUGCAAGAAAACGUUUGUGAACCUAGGGACGGCUCCGAGCACUGCGAUCACUGCCUGGGUUACCUUGAGCUACCGCAGCAAUCCAAGCACCUAUUUUACUGUCCAGGUACACCGAGGAUCCCCAGCCAGCCGGCCACGCAGCCGCGCCGGGCGAGCAGCAUGUCUGUCGCGGAUGUUCUGCAGUGCCUACCGGCCGAACAGUUCGAGCUGGAUCAGCAGCUGCAGCUCGCGCACCGCCUAGCUGUCGCCACUCUCCAGUUCAACGCCACUCCGUGGCUUUGUGAUUCGUGGCGAACGGAGGACGUGUUUGUUCUAGCCAGCAACCAGCCCAAUAUGUCGACAUCCGCCUUGCAAACACUUCACUUCCAAGCCAGCUGUCCGACAAAUAUUGACGAACACGAAACGCCACCAAAGCCAAAUUCGCCUACCAGCCCAACAGAAUCCCCGCUCGAACUCCUCUACGGCAUCCGCAACGCCCCGCUCUUCAGCCUGGGCGUCGCGCUCCUUGAAGUUAGCCAGCAGCGGCCACUCCAUCUCCGCGGCGUGAACCCGGAAAACGAAGUCAUCGCAGUCAGGAGGCUGGCCCGGGGGUCCAUGCGGCUGGGUCCGCGGUACAAGGAGAUUGUUCGAAGAUGCCUUGAAUGCGACUUUGGGUAUGGCAAUGAUCUUGGGAAGUCGGACCUGCAAAGCGCUGUCUACGGACAAGUAGUAUGCCAGCUAGAGGAGAUGAUGAAAAAGAUAUGUUUGGACUAG